CAACAACAACAACAACAACAACAACAGGCUGGCAAGAUCGGAGCAAGUGCGCAAUAACCAGGCAACCAUGGCGUCCAAGAAGUAUGACUUGUCCAAGUGGAAGUAUUCGGAGUUACGAGAUGCUAUAAACACGUCCUGUGACAUCGAAUUGUUAGAGGCUUGUCGUCACGAGUUUCACCGAAGAUUAAAAGUGUAUCAUGCGUGGAAAGCGAGAAAUCGAAGACGGACCACCAUGGAUGAGAACGAAAGAGCACCGAGGUCUAUCAUGGAAGCUGCCGCAAGGACACCGAGAACUACGAUGAAACAGCCCAUAACGGAGUCCACGCAGAGAUACUUUAGGAUCCCUUUCGUGCGGUCAACGGCGAAUGGCCAACAGGAGAAUCACGCGUCCAGUAAGCGAGGAUGGUGGUAUGCCCACUUCGAUGGUCAGUACGUUGCCCGACAAAUGGAACUCCACCCUGACAAACCACCGAUUCUACUGGUAGCAGGUGUCGACGACAUGCAAAUGUGCGAGCUCAGCCUAGACGAGACUGGACUGACCAGGAAACGCGGGGCCGAGGUGUUGGAGCACGAAUUCAAUCGCGAGUGGGAGAAACACGGAGGUAAACUGUACGUUCCACCGUGCGAUCGUAAGAAAUAACAACUGGCUAGUAGGUACACAGCGCGUCGACAGUCACAGGCGAUAGUAGUUUGUUGAGAUGUUACAAAUUUUUUUAUUAUUCGAGAGUGAGCUCGCAGCACAGUGCCUUACUAGUUAGAAUUCGUGCCUUACCCACGACAAAGGCAGCUCUUCCGUAGACCACUGACACGAACCUUUUCGAAUUAGCCGUUGUUAAUCGAUCUCUUUUCCUAAGCUGUUCCAAGCAUAAUUGCGUAUUUUUAUGAAUCGGUCGAUGCGACGACCACGCGAUACUUGUGGCAGAAAUUCGUUCGUUCAGUAUUCGAGAUCCCGAUCGAGAAAAUCGUAUGGAAAAUUGUUUUUUUAAUCCUAAGGAAUAGAUUCGUAGAGACAGA